AUGCGUCCACAAGGGAAGACGGCGGAAAACAAGCAGCUGCAGCUCGUGCAUCGGCGUCAAGCUGUGCUCAAUCUUCGCGCUCAGAAGGUUCCUGUCAAGCAGAUAGCCACUCAAACUGGCCUGUCUUUGCGUGGAAUUUACCACAUUAUUGAUAGAUACCCCGAUGGUAUCGCGGCAGCUGAUGCACGUCGCCCUGGGCGCCCCAACGUGCUGACCGACCGAGAUUCCCGCCAACUCCGCCACCUUGUCUCGAGCACCCCAGCCAUUUCAGCCAAGACUGCCGCUUCGAUCUUACCUGCGAGAAAUGGCCGACACCCGGGUACCUCAACCAUCAAGCGGGCACUGCACGAAAUGGAGUUUGUGAAUACUUUGCGGGCGUUGAAGCCCAGGCUGAACAAAAAGAACGCUGCCGAACGACUCGCCUGGUGCACUGACCAUCGCAGCUUUACUGUGGCUGACUGGCGCAAGGUCGUGUUCUCCAGCGAAGCACACAUGAGGCUGCAUGCCUCUACUCCGCGUGGCCGGGUGUGGCGGAAGAAGGGCGCGCCGCUGACCCGCGACAUGGUCAAAGAGACGGUCCAACAUGGAGGAACUGAAAUUUACCUCUGGGGUGCUAUCUCGUCGCGCGGGCCCCUUCCUCUGGUGCCGCUCGAUGAGGCUCUCACCGGCAAGCAGUACGCGCAGAUGCUAGACAAGAACCUGCUGCCUGGUAUGAACCGGUUGAAGAUGGGAGGCACGUUCAUCUUCAUGCAAGACAAUGCGGCGGUGCAUACCAGCAAGCCGGCGAUUGACUACUUGGAGGACGCCGAUAUCAAAGUUUUGAAUUGGCCGCCCUACAGCCCCGACCUCAACCCCAUCGAGAACCUGUGGGCUGAGAUCCAGAAGGGAGUACUGAGUGAAUUUCAUCCGCAGAACAAGCAGCAGCUGUGGGAGGCGAUCGAAAAGUGGACGGAAAAACAUGUCACGCCACAGUACUGCCGGGCCUUGAUUGAUUCGAUGCCGAAACGGAUUGAAGAGUGCCUCAGCGCGAAGGGUUGGUACACCAAGUACUAA